UAAUUUUUGAGUGUUUUCAACAUUUUUUCGGAUCACGUUUCGGAUUCCGUGUCGAAAAAAGUCUGAAUUUUGGAUCCCAGUCCAUUGGUCCGCAAAUGUCUUGUUCUCAUUUUUAACAUUAAAUAUUUUUUAAGGAUGAUUCUUUAACAGCCGGAAGUUCUUCAUAUCUUCACAACCCCACAGCAGCUACUAGCGCCUCCUCUUCAGCAUUACACGGCGGAAACCCACACCAACAACAACGUCGUGAAUCUCCCCCUAAACGUGCAUUAAUGGCCAGAAGUGCUUCACAUCAAAAACAAAAACAACAAAUGUCGCCAGAUGAAUGGCUGAAAAAAUUAGAAGCAGAUUCUGCUGGUUUUCGAGAUAAUGAUGGGGAAGAUGGAGAAUUACAUUCUGAACUUAAAGGAGGGCAAAGAGGAGGAAAGGGUGGUGGAGGAGGAGUGAGAGGACAACAAGGAUAUCCUCUUGUUGGGAAAAGAUUGUACCUUACAAGGGCGUAG